AUUCCGAUACAGGUAGCAUAUACACGAAAAACAUACAGUACGACAGUAUGUGAUACCACAAAUUCGAAUUAUUGGUACGCCAAGGGACCUAUAGAUAUAGAUACCGAAUACACAGAUAUACAAACCUAUUUCUACCCCGUAUGUUUCAGUUCAUUGGUCUGCUUUCCUGUGGCAUGGCCUUUUGUUCUGCUCGCCCUUGUGUUCUCGAUGAGGGCGUCUAAAGCCUUACGCCUAGAGCAACGGCCGCAGGCGCUGAAGUACUCGAAGCAUACAUAUCGCAUGCUACGAGUUACAGUGGUGGGAUCGAUACUUGUAUAUGUCUUGGCGACUUUACUUGUGGUAAAGUACUCAGGCUCGGGAGUCUCGCAUCUCUAUAAAACGAUGGCUGAGAGCUACUAAUCCGAACAAAAAAAUUGAGCUCGUAUUUUUGAGUAUGUAUAACUGUUUCACUCACGAGGUGACACGAUCUGGACAAAAAAAGGAUUCUGAGCAUGCCAACUCAGAGAGAAGGUGAAGGGUUCAUCUUUUAAAUUGAUCGAUUAACAUGACGCGAACAAGUACAUAUUCCAGAUAUUCCAGUUGUCACACGGUAUCUAUCGUCUCUUCAGUGUUAGUGAUGGCCCAAUCCUACUUUCCUAGUACGGAUCCUACGGAGAGGACGUGAAGUCGGGAAUAUGUCACUUGUAAAAUUAAUUACAGAAGGAAGUCAUAAGCCA